AUGUAUUCCAAAUAUAAUAGUUUAAUUUUAAUUCUUACGCUAAAGUCAACAUUAAUAACUGUAGCGAGUCUAAUGGCCAGUGAGCAAAUUGUUAAUUCAUUACCUGAGUACGACGAACAGUGGUUCCAAAAAGAUACUGAUGACAUACGGAGGCGUUUUUUAAAUAAAAAGUUUGAGAAUCAGAAAAUUCGUAUGUUGGACCAACUUUCAAAUAAUACAAUUUAUAUAGACGGAAUACCACACACACAAAUUAAUAAUACCAACGUUAAAAUAAAUAAAAUAGAAAAUGCAUUUAGAGCAUUAUUAGGUAUGAAAGGUGUUAAAUAUAUUUACAAAAGAGAUUUUUAUUGGAGAACUUGGCGGGAAAUCGAUUAUGGAGGAAAUAAAACAAUUAUUUGCUAUACAUGCAAAAAUGCAUCAAAUAUGAAGUGUAAAACUUGCCACAGUGGCGGAUAUUGGGUUAUAGAAGAAAAGCCUCCGCCAUGUCCGUACGAAAUUUUGUCUAUGACUAAUGAUAAUCAAAUAUGCACAGUGUACUAUACACAAUAUAACAAUUUAUCAGGUUUAUGUCCUACUUUGGUUAAUCUCAAUGAUUUAUCAGAAACUUGCCGUAAUCCUAUAGAAACCGAAUGGAAAAUUACUCGAAAAUAUAAUGACAAUGAUGCGGAAACGACGUUAGCAGUCAUUUGUGGUGGGCGGAAAAGUUGUCACAUUUUCACAUCAUAUAUGGUGUUACCAGAUUCCAUAAUAUUCAGGAUUGUCAAUGAAACAAAUCAUGUUAUUUACUCAAGAGUCAUGAAAAAGGGUCAGAAAAACUACGCUUGUAUAGAAGAUUGUGGAGUCCUAGAUAACGAAACUAAAUCAGUAAUCAAAUUAGAAAAACCCUUCAUUCUAAAUCUGUUAGAAUACGCCUCGCACAAAAACAAAAGGGAGUAUAAUACUGGCACAUCUAAAACUGUUAAAACCACCGGUAAAACACCUAAAGCACAAAAAAUCAAAACACCUAAAAAUCAAAAGAAGCUAUUAUUUCUAUCCAAAAACAUCCUGUAUGAGAAAUAUUCACAUAAAACGGUGGCAGGAAAUAAAAAGAGUAUCGUUAAAUUGAUAACUUCUAAUACGACAGUCAACCAAGUAGAGUCAAUCACGAAGACAUUGUGUAAAAAGUUAGAGGACGCAUUUAAGGAGGAUGAGGAUAGCGAAACCAAAGAGGACUGA